AUGUUGGUGCUGUACUUAGGGCUGGUGGUGGGCUUAGUGGUGGGUGAGGUGGGCGUGGGUGGGCUGGCGGUGGUGUACCAGGGCCGCGUGGUGAGUGGGCUUGUGGCUGUGAUGAGUGGGCGACUCACAGCCCACUACGGUCACCCCACUCAACUGCCCUUCACGAACGCCCUCGACUACGUGCAGUACCAGUUGCAGUGCUGUGGUGUGCACAACCACACCGACUGGAAAAGUUCCCGUUGGUACCGAGAGGGCUUGGGUGGGUUCCACAGAGCGGAGAGCAGGCGGGUUGUCCCACUCACUUGCUGCACACUGCAACACAGCCCACUCGCCCACCUCAACCCACUACCGGUCAAUGAAACUCUCUGCCAGAGCCCGCUUCCUGAACUGCACACCGGUGUUCGCCACACCGUGGGGUGCAUGGAACGGGUGCGGGCGUGGGUGAGGGGUGAGAGCGCCCUGCUGGUGGCGGCGGGAGUGGGGCUGGGGGCGCUGCAGCUGGCGGCGCUGGUGGCGGGCGUCGCGCUCUGUCGGGGGGCCCGCGCCCCCCACGGGUCCUGCAGCGGCGCCCCGUAGCGGCGCGCGUCUCGGCAGCGUCGUCCUAAGGCUGCAAGUGCAGAUGCAGACAAGGGCGUUCAGAAGAGUGGCGUCGUCAACGCUGCGUUCAACCAAGAUGGCAACCUCAGCCCGCACUGUCUUGAGGAAGCAGCAAACGCAAAAAUGUCGCCCACACAAUCAGCCUACGAUGUGCCGAGACAAUAUAAAAAUAAAGUACCCAGUCCCGAACCUGGUUCACGUUACCAGGCAUGUGAACCCGUUUUGGAUAUGCGAGCGCCCGAGAUACCGAGUAUUGACUACUAUGAUCUUCAGCCUCAUAUCUACGCCCCGAGAAUUGAUAACGAUUUAAGGCGUAGUGACCGCAGUCGAGGUUCACAACACUAUCAUGUUUCCACACUAAAUUUUGACAAGAAUGAGGAGCUUGUGGGAAAAAGACAUGAUAAGGUAUUCAAUGUCAACUCUAAUCCUUCAUACGCUUCAGUUGAAAAUACAACCAUCCAUGCGCCGACCCCUUCCAGAAGACAAAUUUGUGACACACAUUCUUACGGAAAACCUAGAAAGUCAUGCAGAACUCCACAU